CGGGACCCCUAGUGCUUUCCCACUCCGUGUCCUGGCAUCGUUCCCCACAAGUACAAACACACACACAGAGCUCCCAUUGUUGCAGCCCUCCCAGCCCACUGAUCCUAAUAUGGAAUGCAGCAGGAAACCCAUGAUUUCCUGAGCUUCGGCAAGCUGGAGGAAGCAAGGGAGGGGGGUGGAAAAACUCCAUUAAAAAGCCCAGCUUUCCUCCAUGUUAGCUGUGAAGUGGGAAAAAAAAAAUGGGGACGAUUUAGCCGAAUCCCAGCCGGGCUGCAGACGGGCAGAGCAGAGCGGGAAGCCGCAAGCCGCUGAAAUUUCUAGACUGCCAGCGAAGCCUCCAGGACUCUGGAGAUGAAGAUUGCUUAAACGGAGAAGGGAGAGGAUCGGACCCUUCUCACAACCCUCCUCCCUUCCACACCCCACCCCGCUGCGAGUGCCUGUCGCUGUUCGGGACCGCGAUGGCGAGCGACGGGGCGCACGCCAGCCUCCGACGUGUCCGGAUGCUCCAAGGGACCCCAAGCGAGGCAGAGUGAACUCCGUCCAGCCUGGCACCGGCUCUGCGGGACAAGCGGCGGGAGCAGCAGCCAGCGGGAGUCCCAGCCGCCGCGGCCGCGAGCAUGAACUGCACCGAGGGGACUGACAGCAGCUGCGGCUGUGCGGACCACGCCGAGAAGAAGAUGCUCAAGUGUGUGGUGGUCGGCGACGGCGCGGUGGGGAAGACCUGCUUGCUCAUGAGCUACGCCAACGACGCCUUCCCCGAGGAAUACGUGCCCACCGUGUUCGACCACUAUGCAGUUACUGUGACAGUGGGAGGCAAGCAGCAUUUGCUGGGACUCUAUGACACCGCGGGACAGGAGGACUACAACCAGCUGAGGCCGCUCUCCUACCCCAACACCGACGUGUUUCUGAUCUGCUUCUCGGUCGUAAACCCCGCCUCCUACCAGAACGUCCAGGAAGAGUGGGUGCCGGAGCUGAAGGGCUGCAUGCCCCACGUGCCUUACGUCCUCAUAGGGACCCAGAUUGAUCUCCGCGAUGACCCAAAAACCUUGGCGCGUUUGCUGUACAUGAAGGAGAAACCACUCACCUACGAGCACGGCGUGAAGCUAGCCAAAGCGAUCGGAGCGCAGUGCUACUUGGAGUGCUCGGCCCUGACGCAGAAGGGUCUCAAAGCCGUUUUCGACGAAGCGAUCCUCACCAUUUUCCACCCCAAGAAAAAGAAGAAACGCUGCUCGGAGUGCCACGGCUGCUGCUCCAUUGUCUGAGGAGGCUGAGGACCCACCGAAGGGUGAGAAAGGCGGCCAGUCUCCGGGACCCGGUCCCGCCGGACAGGACUGCGCGACCAGAAAGGAAUCCCCAUCCCCCACCCACCCGAGAGCCCGCCCAGGCACAGUGUCCCGCCCACCGCCACGUCCGCCCUGCAGCCCGCAGCCUCCACUGCACACUCUAUGAGAAUGCGGAGCCGGCUUCUGACCGUGCACCCCCUGAACAUGCUGGAAACAAAGUGGGAGGCCACCUUGCAUUUCACGUCUCUUCCCCCCAAGAGCAUGAAGCCAGCCGGAAGUUCCUCCCUUGAGCCUGGGGCAAGCCGGAAGUGCCUCCCAUGAGCAUGAGGCCUACCGGAAGUUCCUCCCAUGAGUCUGGGGCCAGCCGGAAGUCCUUCCCAUGAGCCUGAGGCCUACCGGAAGUUCCUCCCAUGAGUCUGGGGCCUGCCGGAAGGAAAUCACAGGAAAACCAAAACUGCGUUCCACCAUUCGGUGGCCUUUAGUUGAUGCCUUUGACAAAAUAUGGGAAUACGAUACGUACUAACCUCUUUUUUCUAAAUCUGCUGUUAUACUCACGUGUCUUAUAUUCGUUUAUAUUAUCCCAGAAAUAUCCUAAAUUCCAGUUGACUCAGGCCUUACAAAUCCAUACCAAAGUAGCCUAAAGAUACAGCAUUUUAUAUUCACGUAGUUUCACGGUGUUGCUACCAAAGCUGUCAGAACCAGCGUGUACCUCGGAAUGGCUGUGUACAAGAAGACAUGGGAAAAUUUUGAAAUUUUUGCAAACUUACAGAGCCUUGAUCUCUGAAUCUGGUUGAAAAAAAAAAACACCAGCUGAGUUGUUGGCAGGCCCACACACAUUCUUGCCAACGAUUCACCCUACAAGUGCUUAAGUUGGUAGGUAGUCUGAGCUUUUUCAUCUACUAUUGCCAUGGCAAACAAAAAAAUAUGAAUUGUGCUUAAGAAAGUAGUAUUUCUGCAUUUCAUCAAAAUUGGAAGAAUAUGGCAGGACUCAUCAUUUAAAAUAUUCUUUGUUCAGUAAAGUAGACAUUUCUGCUCCCUCUCCUCCCUAUUGUAGCCCUGUUCCUCCCAUGAUGUUAAUCUUUCUCCCAUGCCUACCCCACCCUUCAUUAUUCCCAGUCAUAACCUGAACUGGCCAUUGGCAAGAAAAAAAUCAAGAGUUAAAAAAAAAAAAAACUCAAGCAAAGUGCCUCAGCUUCCCUGCCCACUUUCAACUUGCCCUGUGUAGUUCCCAUUCCACCAAAUGGCAUUUUCCAGUUACAGUCAGAAAACUGUACAAUUAUUGUCCCCCAUCUUUCCUUAUUCAUCCUCCCAAAAGUCUAGUUAGGGACUAGAUUUGUGAGUGCCAAGCCCUGGAUCCGUUUCCAGAAUAAUCUGCCACGAAAAGCAGGAACUUUGACCUUGAGAAGGUCAAUGCUCCCAGUAAGGAGUCGUGAGCCCUUUCCAUGUGACAACUGCAAACACCCAGGAAUUCUUGUGUCAUAAGUGAGUCACUUCCUACUCUUAUAUUAGAAGCCAUAAUCAUUCAUAUUUGCUUAUCACCUGGUUAUAUACUUAAUCAUUAUUUUAAUUGUAUAAGCAGAGUGGAUCUUUACAUGUAAAAUUACACCAAUCCUAGUCGAAGACUUUCCGGAUUCGAGCUCCCUCUGUUGGAGGGGAGGGGGCACAAAACUCCUCUUCCUUCUGCUCCUAGAAGAAGCACAUAGAAAGGAAAUGUAUGGUGUGGGGGGUCUUUCCCAUUAAGACCUUCCAGAACACUCUGUCAGUUUUAGGGGUUUUUGUUUGUGUGUUUGCUUAGAAUUUCUAAAAUGUGUUUUCCCUUUUUUCACAUUUCAAGUACUAGUUCCCAUCUCAUCUAAUUGCUAACACACACAUACACACACACACACACACAUCCCUAAAGCAAACGGGAGUUUUGUAAGCCAAAGCUUGACAUUUAGAGAAAACAAGGACCUUCUGCCUUAGUAAAUGGGAAUCAACUGUGUAUGAACUAUAGCUCUGCAAAGGCUAUGAUUUCAUCCUUUACAAACAAUAAUGAGCAUUUAGCCCUGUAAUAAAGGAAGUGUGUCAGCCAGUUUUGUUACAUUAUUGCAUAGUUACUUGCUAAGGGGCCGCUCCUCACUUCUCACUGACUCUAAUGAAGAAUUGAGAGCAACAUGUUUGUUCUGCCAAGGAGAAUUUUCCAGAUGUGUGCACUUCACAGGCAAAUAGCUCCGCAGGUCAUCUCCUCCCUAACGGGCCAUGGGGAUUAACUUGUUCACAGUGGGGCAAUCACUCCCUCAACUAGAAGCAGAAUGUGGCUGGAGAUUUUCAGUGUCUGGGGAGAGCACAGGCUCCAAGAGGUCUUAUGAGUGGAUUACCCAGUAAAAUCAUGUACAACAAAGCAACCUACGUGACUUAAUGUCAUUCCACCAAAUUCAUCAUAUAGUCCCUGCUUCAUGGCAAUGCCUAGCUCAGUUCACGAAAAAGUGCUUUCUACCCUAAGAGUGAAUAAAGCUAAAGCUAUGUCUGAAACCAAAGAUACAGGAAGAGACCCAGAAAUCUGAAGAAGGUCCACAUCAUUUUCCAAAGUCAACAAGUGGCAGCUAUCUCUGUUUGAGAAAACAGUCUUGACUUUACAGAGUUUAAAAAAAAAAAAAAGGCCUCAGAAAUGACAAUCCAAUUUCUCCAUGUACAGAGGAGAGACUCAGGCCUGGAGAGAUGUGUUGUGCAGGAGUAAGAUGUAUCUUGGCUUUUCUGCUUCCCAUCCAAUGCCUGUCAACUCAAUACAGCCAGUUAUCAUUACCACACAUAUUAAGUUGGAGUUUUCCUAGACAAACCAUAGGAAUUGCAUGUGCUUAUUCAAUAGAUAAUAGAUUCCAGCUACAUUUCAGACACAAAACUUUAUAUAGUUAGACCACUAUAAACAAGGUAAUCCAUCAAACUACGAGUGAGCUAGAGACAAGAAUUUUAUCUAUGGGCUAAUAUGCCUGGAAUACAGCAAUGAAAUCCCAACCUAAUGGCUUGUUCAAAUGGCUAGCUUGAAAGAGAUCUUUUCACUCCACUGUUUGUAGAAUUAACAGAUGUUGGGAACACAAAAGGACUAAGCUCCAAGUCAAUGCCAUAUCCACAGUAAGAAAAUUGGCCUGAUUUCUACCAAAAAAAAUUACAUUCAAAGCACAAAUGCGGAAGUCAAAAACUCCAGCAAUCCUAAACCAGGAAGGGCUAAGAUGAGAAGUCACACGCAAAUGAGAGGAAGAAGAGCUUGGUCCUAAGCCUUCAAUGACAAUAUAUCCAAUCAUGAUAUGCAAAGAAUCAUCUGGAGGGUUUCUAGUUCAUAAGAAAAGUAACAAAUGAUGCACUUAUAACCAGAUGCAAUUUUCACAAAAAUACCCGUAAGGAAAUAGUGUUAAAAUGGAAGUCGGAGAGCAGUCACAAUUGGAUUCCUAGUUUUAGGAGAAAAUCAAAGAAGCUAAAUCCAGAAUUGGAAGCCAACAAACAUGUCGUUAUUUAGGGUGUAAGCGUGUAGGCGCAGCAACCCCGAAAGGUAGAGCGUCUUCAGGAAGAAAUAUUUGACUUGAGAGAAGACCCUCAAGGUGCCGUAUUACGUUCAUCAAAGCAAAACCAAAGUAAUGAAAGCCUAGAACUUCAAGCUCUGCUUUAGAAGAAGGUCCGACACAGUGCUGGAGAGUAGGAUCUAGCCAGUUAUUGUGGGUUUUUAAAUCCAUCCCCGUGUUUCGCUGCCAGAAGCCAGAAAGAGAACCACUCCAAGGGAGUUGCUAACUCCUGCCUGGCCCCCAGCGGCUCUGGGGGGAAAGGAUGGUUUUGUAUAGAGUGCUCCAGGGUCAGCAGGGCCAGGGUCGUGAUAAAACCACCUCUGGAUUCCCUACAAAUGAGUGGAGCUCUGCUCAAUGCUUUUUGGAUCCUUAAUGGCAGUGAGGGGCCUACCUCUCCGACGUUCUCUGCCUUUGGGAGGGUAUUUGUAAAAGUUCAUGGGAAAUGGAAUUAAAAAAUAAAUUUAUUUUGGCACAGAAAAAA